CCGUGUUAGUACGGCAUUUAGAAGAGAUAAGAAGGGAAGUAACUGUAUAGAGACGUCUGCAGUUUUAAGACCAGAUAAAAUCAAACGUUUCGCUGUUAAAAUGACUGACGCAGGACUGGAAAGCCCUCCCAGACCACAACGUGUGAUUGCAUUUGAUGUUAUUUCUACUGCAAAUCCUGUGUAUGCGGAUACCAAAAAUCGUGUUACAAAAGGUCAUGAAGAUACUGAAAUGUUGUUAAAGUUUGAAGACGGUCUUGUUGACAGAGCAGUGUCUGACCUGCCAAAUAUAGCAUCUCAGGUGUUCUCAUUAAAUAAGGACCAAAAUAGUGAAAUAAAACGACAACAAAAACAUUUGACCAUCAUACAGGACAAGGUGAAAGAGGGUGACGAAAAGGUGGAGGAGAUAAAACUUGAAAUAAAAUGUGUGAUGAACAAGAUCUUUAUGAAAGAAGAGGAAAGUAAAGAUAGCAGUAAAAGAAUCAAGUUUAUGGACUACGAGAUUAAGUCAUUGAUAACAAAGGUAUUGGACAAAGAACAAGAGUUAUCUCAUCUAAAGGAUAAAGCCGACAUAGAAACCAGAAAUCUAAAGAAACAACUAGAGAAAACAGAAAAAUACAGGCAAGACGUAGAACAGUUUGAACAAGCAUCGUCAUCUACCUACAAUGAUCUACAGAUGGUUAAACAUGAAAUAGAGAAAUUAAAGAAACAAAGUAAAUUUCUCAUAGAUUAA